UGAAUCUCUGGACGGUUGGACAUAUUGUGCUUGUAGGUUAGAUCAGAACUUCUUUUUUUUUUCGCGUGGAAAGAUUGUACGGAUAUUAUUCACAGUAAAAAUUUAAACGAUUGAUGCUCCACCAACUUCGCUUGUGUAGCCAAAACAAACAAUCCGACCGUACAGGAGCUGGACACAGACGUGACCGACGUUAGUUACUGUUUAGGACGGAUUUACUUCGGCUGAGUGAGUAUUUAUUAGCACAGUUAAGAUAGCGGGCAAUCUAACGAGCUGUUCUGUCGAGCUUGUAACUUGAACCUGGAAGAUAUUCUGAUAGGGGGAUUAAAAUGCAAAGGCAAAACUUUCGGCAUCAAGCGAUGGGCCCGAGACCUGGAGGAUUCCGUAGUCCGCCACCAGGUUUCGGCAGAGCAGCAGGUCUAAUGCCCUCGCCCCCGUGGCCAUUUCCAAACCCACCGCCGCCGCCGUAUGGACCCCGAUUUGGACAGUACUGCGGCUCACCCAAUACCCCACCCAGAGAGUUUAGUGGUAAUCGAGGUGGCGGUGGUAGAAAGUACAACGGCAAAUCAGCAGGGCACACGCCGCGCAGACCAAACUGCAGUCCCCGCGGCACCACUCCGCACAGGCACUCGCCGUAUCAGACUCCUGGACAACACGCUGGACAUCAGGGUUCACCGCGGAUAUCCACACCAGUUGGGUCAUCGCAUGGCAGGGAGAGAGGGGCAAAUGAUAUGGAAAAAUAUUACAAACCAUCUAUGCUUCAAGAUCCCUGGGCUAAUCUCCAGCCUAUCUCAGUCACAGACACCCAGUCCAAAUGCAGCUCCCAGCAGACCACAGACACAGGCAGGACAGGGAGGUACUACAGUCCGAAUUGAAUCAAUUUUAAAGUCUCGUCAGUGGAUAGAAGGGCACCUACAGCCAUUUUAUUUAGUAGGACAGCUGUCCACGUUCAGCUCAAAAAGUGAGUUAUUGGUAGGAGGUGGGAAAACGGAUCUGAUUUAGUUGGACUUGGGACAAUAGCAAUAACUCAUGGAAAGCUGUUUACAGCAAUUUUUUAAUUUUUAUACAGCAACCUGUUUGUACACAGAUGCUAUUAUUGUACUUUUAUAUUUUACGUUAAUUUUGACUAUGGGAUUAGAAUAAUAUUGCCAUUUGGCACAGUUAGUUGGUCCCCUACAACUUGUUCAGCUCCAGUGGAGUUUGAUCACACAGUGGGUGUGGGAGCAGUAUAUGAGAUUUGGACAGUACAUUUGCCUACCUCUGAAUUGAUGCUGUUCCUGUUUUCAACCAGCAGUAAAAUGAUUUCCUAGGUAUUACUUUCUAAUUUUGUACAAAUUGUACAAAUUUUAUUUUGUGAAAUCUUUCAUUUUAUCUUGACUGUCAAUUUCUUUUCUUGUUUAAAAAAAAACCCAAAACAAAACAAAAAACAAACAAAAAAACUGGACUGAUCUUAAACCACAUUAAAAGCCCAGUAAGGGCUACUGUUGCAUUCAAAUUUUGUUACAAAACA